AUGGCACGGAAUAAAAGGAAAGAUAUUGAGGCGAUGCCUGGACAGAGGACUUUGUUUGAUAACCAGUUGUUUGCACAGGAGCCAACGAUGGCACUCCGAGGAAAUGGUGGCCUCACUACACGCAUCCUUAAGACAUGCUGCAUGGGAGCAGCAGCAUCUUCCACAAAGAGCCCAAUGGGGUCUAAACCGCGUGUCCAGGGCGGCUGGGAGGACUGCCCGGCGUUCGAUCUCGAACCCUUGGACUCACGGCAAGCCUCCGCCAUCGGCAGCGUUACCACACAGCAACCCCGUCAGGCCCUCAAAAACAACUCCAGCGACAACCGCAGCACAUACUACUUGCAACUGAAGCAGGUGCCGGUCGGGGAAGCCGAACAGAUACAGCCCGGCAGUCUCCCCGACUCCCCACUUCGCACACCCGCCGUUAAAGCCCUGAGCGGCCCCGAACCCUCCGUCGCCGCCUCCACCAUCCACACCGCCAACUACACCACCACCACACCGCCGCCACCACCCGGGGAAGGCGACGCACCGCCGUCCACGGUACUCACACCCGUCGUCUCCAUACAGGAGCACCCGCAAGCUGCGGCUGCAACAGCCGCAAAGGUCCAGGGGGGUUCCGGCGGCCACUCCCGGCCCCCGCCCCUCUCCCUCCUGCCGCCAUCUUCCCCCCGCGACAGCGCAGCAGAUAUGAUGUACGGCACCGCCGCUACCACCACUAGCACAGGCGAGUACGAGACCUUCUUGCCCACCGGCGACUCCCCCAGGUCCCAAUCCCCCGUGCCGCCAGCUCAGCGGCCAUCCACCGCCAUGCAGCACCGAGUGGCGCUACGGCUACUAGAGCGGCGAGGAGUACUGCCAGACGGCGGUCGUAGCACUUGUAGUCCUGGAUCUGGAUCUGGAUCUGGAUCUGGAUCUGGAUUCUGCGGCAGUAGCUUGGCAGCAGAUGGCGGCCUGCCGACUGCCUCCUCGCAGCGAUUGUAUUCGCCGACGUCGCCGCAGUUGUCGCUUCUGUCGCCGCCGCCAGCGCCGCCGCUAUCGCCGGGGUUGGGUAGCAGUGCCGUUGGAAGCCCCAUUACUCCCGCUUUGGGCUCGCCCACGAUGUGCAUGUCCCCUGGUCCCGUCGCGCGAACUUCAAAUGGUACGGAAUACUACAGCGCGCUCGGCUCCCCGGCGCCCAGCGGUGUGGCAGGGCUUGAAAGCCCUGCUAGAGCCGCUGGCGGCGGCGCCGCCGGUGACGUCGAGACGGUCGUGGAGGUGGACGAGCGGCUGUGCCUCCAAGAGGAGGAGUACGACCCGCUUGACGUACGAGGAGAAGCAUAUCGCAUGUCGGCACCGGGACUCGGACUUCGGAGCGCUGCGUGGGGAGGGCCGGAGGGUAUGGGCAUAGGAGGCGGCGGCGCUGCCGCCGCGGCCCGCAACGCCGGUGGCGCCGCCGCUGCCAACGGACGCUUCCCCGCCAUCGACAGCGUGGCCGACGACUUGGUGAUGCGCAUGCGUGGCUCGGAUUUCGGCAUUGCGGGCGGUACGGUGCCGGAGGCGGUUUACGUACGAGCUCGCGGCCUCCGCGCCGCCGCCGCCACCGCCAACGGCGAGCUUCAGCACCCGCACAGCCCUCUCGCCGCGGCGGCUGCCGGCGACGGCACACCGCGUAGCGCCGUCAUACUUGUUAGCCCCGACGGCGCCGACGACCCUGGCAGCCAUGCCCUGGCAGCCGGCGGCGGCGGCGGGACGCUGCGUCGCGGCACGCCGCCACCCGCCUGGUCCGCCGCCGGCGGUCGCGAUGAGCUUAGUCAGGAGGAGAAGGAGUGGCUGUUUGGUCAGCCGGGGGGUAUUGGCGGCCUGGCGCCCGUGGUGGCGCUGGGUGAGGGGGGCGAGGGCCUAGUCGACCUGGUUCGGUUGACGCUGCCGGGGAGAACUGUUCACUUGGCACGUAAGGCCACGCGCACGUGUUUGCCUGUGUUUGCGCUGUCGACGACGACGGGGGCGGCGGCGGCGGUGCUGGCAGGCGUUCGGUCGCAGCAGAAGGUCAGCUACCGGUUUCCUUUUGAGUUUUUCGACCGGGAGGUGAAGGCGAUGAAGGCGGUGAAGGACAGCGGCUUUGUCAUUCGAUUCCAGGCUGCAUCGUACGACCACGAGGCGGGCCAGGGGUUCAUCCUUAUGGAAGCCGCUCCGUACGGCACAUUGGAAGACCUCCACGCGGCCCUCUGCCGAAGCCAGCUGCAGCCCAGGGUGCAGCGACAACGUCCCGCUCUCCUGCAGAGAGCAUUUGCCAAGUUCAACUUCACACAUGCCAAGUCCUCCGCACCGCCCUCUCUGUUGGGAGGUGGCGGCGGCGGCGGCACCCCAAACGGCUCCGUCAGGGGGGGUAAAACAGCCGCGCAAGGGAGCCUCUCUUCGCCGCACAGCCCGAGGAGUGGCGGCGGCGGCGGCGGCUUUGGUUCAGGUGGCGGCGCCGCCGCGUUGGAAGGGUCAGUGGCGGAUCCCGAUGGCGGCGGCGGCGGCGUGUGCUGUCCAGCGUUGUCGGCUGCGGCGCCGUCGGGGGAUGGCGGCGGCGGCCCCAUGGCUGCUGGUGUCGGCGGUGGCGGUGUUGGCACUAUGCAUAUUGCGGCGCUGGGCAGUUCCUUGAUGAGUACGAGAGCCCUGAGAUAUUACGGCGCGUGUAUGCUGCAGGCGCUGGUAGCCCUCCACGAAGCCGGGUACGUGUAUCGAGAUCUGAAGCUUUCCAACGUUUUGGUGUGCGAGGGGGGAAGGGUACGACUGACGGACUUCGGCGCCGCUACCCCCUGCCUGCCGGACCGCCCGGGGCUGUUUGGCGGCGCCGCCGGCACCCGGGCCUAUCUCGCGCCGGAGGUACUACCCUGGCUGGAGCGCAGUACAGCGAAGGGGGGGAAGCACAGCAGCGGUGGCGGGAGCGGCGGCCCGGAGCCGUACACGAUCACUGUGGACUCUUGGACGUGGGGCCUUAUGAUGGUGGAGCUGGCGACUGGAUGGAGCCUUAAGGAGCUCACGCAGCGCGUCAUUCGUCGGGUAUAUGGGGCCCGCGGCUCCGAAACCCCCGACUUGCCCCCGGACUGCGGCCUUCCCCCCGCACUACGCCAAUUGUUGCUGGAUCACGUACUUGUACGGGAUCCUCGGGAAAGGUGGCCGGCGGCUCGCAUUCGCAGCCACCCGUUCUUCCAGGACCUGGACUGGACGAGCCUGGCGGAGGCGGAGGGGCCGCACGCGCACUUGUUCGGGCGGGGGAGGUUGGUCAACGCGCCGGCGGCUCCCGUGCAGGAUAGUCCCGACGCGGUGGCGGCGGCGAUGCUAGAGGGGGAGAUGAUGGCGACGGCGGCGCGGCGGGGCAGUCGGCCGACAGGCCUGGCGUCGCCGGUGGCCGUGCUGACGGCGGCGGCGGCGGCGGGCAAUUUGCCGACGGCGGCGGGGCUGCCGAUGGGCUGUGCCGCAGAGGCAGCCAUAUGCGAGAGUGUGGAUGGCAUGAAUACUGUCGUACCGUUUGGAAACCAACGAUCCAGCAGACCAAGCUCACGUCAGCCAAGUUAUACGGGAAAUGGUGGUGGUUUCGGAGCUCCUUCAAGUCCCAAAGGUCUUAUCAGCGCCACGGGGAUGUUCAUUUCGCCGACUGGCGGCGGCGUCGCCGGCGGUUUUCAAAGUCCCGCCGGCGGCGUACGGCAAUUUUCUUCCCCUGGCAACGGCCCGCUGAUAGGGCCCGUAGUGUUGGCGGGAUCGUCGGCAAUGUCGCCGUCACAAUCGUCGUACAUGGCACCGGAGUUGAGUUCAGGGCUGGCGGCGGCGGCGGGCAUUGCCGUCGGCGCCCGUCGCCACACGCUGCAAGGCGCCGUCGGUUCGAGCCGGCUUUCCUCGGGCUCACAUCUGCGCCACUCGCCGGCGCCGCCACCGCCGCCAACACCGCCGCCGGCGGCCUUGCCAACAGUACGACAGCAGCAGCUGGUGGCGGUGGCUACAGCCGAUUGA